UUGUGUGUGCCAGGAGGCAGGCGUGGUGAGGUGCGCUUUGGAGCCUGCUGUUGUUGGCGCUGGGCUCGGGAGGCCCCUGAACAUGGCGCUGUGUGCUGCGUGUGCCAGCCCCAAGAGAUUCCCGUGUGGAAGAAGGGAGAGGAUGAAGGAGGCCGAGGGCCCUUUUCUCGGGGCCGGCUCCUCUGUGGCCUCUUGCUUGCCGGAGAGAAGGGCUGCCCGCUGGGCACGGGGAGUGCCUUCUAGCUGCCGUCCCGUGCCCUGUCCUGCAGCCCCCUCCUCAUGCUAUGUGGAACGCCAUUGCCAGCAGUGCGGCUGCCAUUUUAGAACCUUCGCCGCAUCACAGCCGUCACCUUGGUCACCGCUGCCCCGGCCAACGCACUCGCCUCUGUGAGCUCUGGCAGCCAUGCCUGGAGUGAAGAGAGCGAGGGGCGAAUUUUGCCCUCUUUUAAAUGGGAAGAAGGAGCUUGGCUUCCCAGAAGCGAAGAGGAGGAGGGGGGCCGCCUUGAAGAUCAAGCGGAGGAGGGGGCAGCGAUUCCGUUUCCAUCGCGCCUGGACCAGCGCUGUGACCACCUCCGUGGAGCCCAUGGAGGUGGAUCCACCUCUGGAUGAGCCCAUGGAGGUGGAUCCACCUCCGGAUGAGCCCAUGGAGGUGGAUCCACCUCCGGAUGAGCCCAUGGAGGUGGAUCCACCUCCAGAUGAGCCCAUGGAGGUGGAUCCGCCUGCGGCACAGCUGGCCUGGCACCACACCACCGUGCCAGGCCCCGCAUCGGCGCCGUCCCACCGCCGCUGGUCCAGGCGCUCGGCUCCCUACCCGCUGCGCGGCCCCCGCCCCCAGCAUUAGCUGGGUGGCAUGAGUUUCCAUCAGCUCCUCCUCCGAGCCUCCUGGGGAGCCAAGUUCUCCUCUUCCCAUUUAAAUGCUUCAGGAAUUAUAGUUCUGUUGUUGUUGUUGAUUUUAGUCUUAGUGUUAGUGUUAGGAGUAGAUUAUUGUUCGUAUUUUAGAGUUAGGCAUAGGUUACUUUUAGUCUUUUAGUGUUAGGCAUAGGUUCCUGUUCUUCUGUUCGAGUUAGGCAUAGGUUACUUGUAGUGUUUUAGUGUUAGGCAUAGGUUCCUGUUCUUCUGUUCGAGUUAGGCAUAGGUUAGUUGUAGUCUUUUAGUGUUAGGCAUAGGUUCCUGUUCAUACUUGACAGUUAGGGGUCGAUUGCUGGUGUCAGGUGGAAGUGAGCAGCGCUCACUCGGUAAGCACACGCCUGAUUGCUCAUGCGAAGACAUGAGUGCGAGUGCCGUGAGCACGGAGGCCCGAUGGCA